GCAGGUGACCCGGAGGCCCUAGCCGCCCGCAGCGCCUGGAGCGCUUUGUGAGCAGAUGCGGAGCCGGGCGGAGGGCGCGAGCCAGAUGCGGGGCGACAGCUGACUUGCUGCGAGGAGUCGGGGAGGCACGGAGCGCGCGGGUGGUCCCCGCGCCGCUGACUUCUCCGCGGGUUCCUGGGCACCGCAAGAUAAACCUCUCACAAUGAAGGCCUCGGCUGUGCUUGCACCUGGCAUUCUUGCGCUCCUGUUUACCUUGGUGCAGGGGAGCGACGGGGAGUGUCACGAGGCGCUGGCGAAGUCCGAGAUGAAUGUGAACAUGAAGUAUCAGCUUCCCAACUUCACCGCGGAAACACCCAUCCAGAAUGUCGUCCUACAUGACCAUCACAUUUACCUCGGGGCCACUAACUACAUUUAUGUUUUAAAUGACAGAGACCUUCAGAAGGUUGCUGAGUACAAGACUGGGCCCGUGCUGGAACACCCGGAUUGUUUCCCGUGUCAGAACUGCAGCGACAUUGCCAACUUCUCAGGUGGCAUUUGGAAAGAUAACAUCAACAGGGCUCUGCUUGUCGACACGUACUACGACGACCAGCUCAUUAGCUGUGGCAGCGUCAACAGAGGGGCCUGCCAGCGGCACGUCCUUCCCCCCGAUAACCCUGCUGACAUACGGUCAGAGGUUCAUUGCAUGUUCUCCCCCCAGGCAGACGAAGAGCCCGGCCAGUGUCCCGACUGCGUGGUGAGCGCCCUAGGAGCUAAAGUCCUCCUGUCUGUGAAGGACCGGUUCAUCAACUUCUUUGUGGGCAAUACCCUAAAUUCUUCUUAUUUUCCAGAUCAUCCAUUGCAUUCGAUAUCAGUGAGAAGGCUUAAGGAAACGCAAGAUGGUUUUAAGUUUUUGACAGACCAGUCCUAUAUUGAUGUUUUACCUGAGUUCCGAGAUUCUUACCCCAUUAAGUACGUCCAUGCCUUUGAAAGCAACCAUUUUAUUUACUUUUUGACGGUCCAAAGGGAAACUCUCGACGCUCAGACUUUUCACACCAGAAUAAUCAGGUUCUGUUCCGUGGACUCUGGGUUGCAUUCCUACAUGGAAAUGCCUCUGGAGUGCAUCCUCACCGAGAAGAGAAGAAAGAGAUCCACAAGAGAGGAAGUGUUUAAUAUCCUUCAGGCUGCAUAUGUCAGUAAGCCUGGGGCCCAGCUUGCUAAGCAAAUAGGAGCCAGUUUGAAUGAUGACAUUCUCUUCGGGGUGUUCGCACAAAGCAAGCCGGAUUCUGCUGAGCCGAUGAAUCGAUCGGCCGUCUGUGCCUUCCCCAUCAAGUAUGUCAAUGACUUCUUCAACAAGAUUGUCAACAAAAACAACGUCAGAUGUCUCCAGCAUUUUUAUGGACCCCAUCACGAGCACUGUUUUAAUAGGACACUUCUGAGAAAUUCAUCAGGCUGUGAAGUGCGCAAGGAUGAAUAUCGAACAGAAUUUACCACGGCUUUGCAACGCGUUGACUUAUUCAUGGGCCAAUUCAACCAAGUCCUCCUGACAUCUAUAUCCACUUUCAUUAAAGGAGACCUCACCAUUGCUAAUCUUGGGACGUCAGAAGGUCGCUUCAUGCAGGUUGUGGUUUCUCGAUCAGGAUCCUCAACCCCUCAUGUGAACUUUCAGCUGGAUUCCCACCCUGUGUCUCCGGAAGUGAUUGUGGAGCACCCGUUAAACCAGAAUGGCUACACGCUGGUUGUCACUGGGAAGAGGAUCACCAAGAUCCCACUGAAUGGCUUGGGCUGUGGACAUUUCCAGUCCUGCAGUCAGUGUCUCUCUGCCCCUUCCUUCGUGCAGUGUGGCUGGUGCCACGAUAAAUGUGUGCGAUCAGAGGAAUGCCCCACUGGGACAUGGACUCAAGAGAUCUGUUUGCCUGCCAUCCACAAGGUUUUCCCAACCAGUGCGCCCCUGGAAGGAGGGACUAUGCUGACUAUAUGUGGCUGGGACUUUGGAUUCCGGAGAAAUAAUAAAUUUGACUUAAAGAAAACCAAAGUUCUCCUUGGAAAUGAAAGCUGUACCUUGACCUUAAGUGAAAGCACAACAAAUAUGUUGAAAUGCACAGUCGGUCCUGCAAUGAGCGAGCAUUUCAAUAUGUCCAUCGUUAUUUCACACGGUCGAGGGAUGACACAAUAUAGUACAUUUUCCUAUGUGGAUCCUGUAAUAACGAGUAUUUCCCCAAGUUAUGGUCCUAAGGCUGGUGGCACUUUACUCACUUUAACUGGAAAGUACCUAAACAGUGGGAAUUCUAGACACAUUUCAAUUGGUGGAAAAACAUGUACUUUAAAAAGUGUGUCAAAUAGUAUUCUUGAAUGUUAUACCCCAGCUCAAAUCAUUUCAACUGAGUUUCCUGUUAAAUUGAAAAUUGACUUAGCCAACCGAGAGACGAGCAGCUUUAGUUAUCAGGAAGACCCCGUUGUCUAUGAAAUUCAUCCAACCAAAUCUUUUGUUAGUGGUGGGAGCACAAUAACAGGUGUUGGAAAAAACCUGAAUUCAGUUAGUGUCCCAAGAAUGGUGAUAAAUGUGCAGGAAGCAGGAAGGAACUUUACAGUGGCAUGUCAACAUCGUUCUAAUUCAGAGAUAAUCUGCUGUACCACUCCUUCGCUACAACAGCUGAAUCUGCAACUCCCCCUGAAAACCAAAGCCUUUUUCAUGUUAGAUGGGAUCCUUUCCAAAUACUUUGAUCUCAUUUAUGUACAUAAUCCUGUGUUUAAGCCUUUUGAAAAGCCAGUGAUGAUCUCAAUGGGCAAUGAAAAUGUACUGGAAAUUAAGGGAAAUGAUAUUGACCCUGAAGCAGUGAAAGGUGAAGUGUUAAAAGUUGGAAAUAAGAGCUGUGAGAAUAUCCACUCACAUUCUGAAGCCGUUUUAUGCACGGUCCCCAAUGACCUGCUGAAAUUGAACAGCGAGCUAAAUAUAGAGUGGAAGCAAGCAGUUUCUUCAACUGUCCUUGGAAAAGUAAUAGUUCAACCAGAUCAGAAUUUCACAGGAUUGAUUGUCGGUGUUGUCUCAAUAUCAAUAAUACUCUUAUUACUACUCGGGCUUUUCCUGUGGAUGAAAAAGAGAAAGCAAAUUAAAGAUCUGGGCAGUGAAUUAGUUCGCUAUGAUGCAAGAGUACACACUCCUCAUUUGGAUAGGCUUGUAAGUGCCCGAAGUGUAAGCCCAACUACAGAAAUGGUUUCAAAUGAAUCUGUAGACUACCGAGCUACUUUUCCAGAAGACCAGUUUCCUAACUCAUCUCAGAAUGGAUCAUGCAGACAAGUGCAGUACCCUCUGACAGACCUGUCCCCCAUCCUAACUAGUGGGGACUCUGAUAUAUCCAGUCCAUUACUGCAAAAUACUGUCCACAUUGACCUCAGUGCUCUAAAUCCAGAGCUGGUCCAGGCAGUGCAGCACGUCGUGAUUGGGCCCAGUAGCCUGAUUGUGCAUUUCAAUGAAGUCAUAGGAAGAGGGCAUUUUGGUUGUGUAUAUCAUGGGACUUUGUUGGACAAUGAUGGCAAGAAAAUUCACUGUGCUGUGAAAUCCUUAAAUAGAAUCACUGACAUAGGAGAAGUUUCCCAGUUUCUUACUGAAGGAAUCAUCAUGAAAGAUUUCAGCCAUCCCAAUGUCCUGUCCCUGUUGGGAAUCUGCCUGCGAAGCGAAGGGUCUCCCCUGGUGGUCUUACCAUACAUGAAACAUGGAGAUCUUCGAAAUUUCAUUCGAAAUGAGACACAUAACCCAACUGUAAAAGAUCUUAUUGGCUUUGGUCUUCAAGUAGCCAAAGGCAUGAAAUAUCUUGCAAGCAAAAAGUUUGUCCACAGAGACUUGGCUGCAAGAAACUGUAUGCUGGAUGAAAAAUUCACUGUCAAAGUUGCUGACUUUGGCCUUGCCAGAGAUAUGUAUGAUAAAGAAUACUACAGUGUACACAACAAGACAGGUGCGAAGCUGCCAGUGAAGUGGAUGGCUUUGGAAAGCCUGCAAACUCAGAAGUUUACCACCAAGUCAGAUGUGUGGUCCUUUGGCGUGCUCCUCUGGGAGCUGAUGACAAGAGGCGCCCCACCUUAUCCUGACGUGAACACCUUUGAUAUAACUGUUUAUUUGUUGCAAGGCAGAAGGCUCUUACAACCCGAGUACUGCCCCGACCCCUUGUAUGAAGUGAUGCUAAAAUGCUGGCACCCUAAAGCCGAAAUGCGCCCAUCCUUUUCUGAACUGGUCUCCAGGAUCUCAGCCAUCUUCUCUACUUUCAUCGGGGAACACUACGUCCACGUGAAUGCUACUUAUGUGAAUGUGAAAUGCGUCGCUCCAUAUCCCUCUCUGCUGUCAUCACAAGAUAACAUCAAUGGCGAGGUGGACACAUGAUGGAUGCAUACCCCACAGGCCCCUUCCUGGGGGACACCAUAGCACUAGUCCAGACAGCAGUCCACACUUUGUCCAAUAGUUUUUUCACUGCCUGGCCUUUGAAAGGCCAUCAAUAUUUCUUGCUUUUGCCAAAAUUGCACUAUUAUAGAACUUUGCAUUGUUAUUUAAAUGGAUGGAUAAAGGAUUUCUCAUCUGACAAAGCAUCAGAACCAGAGGCUUGGUCCCAUGGGCCAGGGACUCAACAGCACCUCUGCAGCUGUGAUGACACUCCUGUCACAUUGGAGUCCAAAACCUGAAUUCUGGGUUGAAUUUUUUAAAAAGCAGGGUCCUACUUGAAGUCAUAUGAGGAACUGAGGCAAUGGAUUUUAAGGGCUUCUAGAUCACAGAAAAUUCAGAAGAGAUGGUGAUGUCCAGGUCAGACAUGGCAGCCCCAGGACCAGGCCAGUCAUUUAGAAUUCCAGUGUUUCAAAAAACUCUUUUGCAUUUUAUGGUCACUAACAUUUUUUUGUUACUGAUGUUGUCAUUCACCCAUUAGGUGAACAUUCCCUUUUAAAUUUUUGUAUGAACAUUCCUUUUGUUGGAGGAAUACCCAUAGGCAUUGCAGUCAAAGUUUCAAAAUAGCAUGACACAAAAUGUGUUUGUUUGUAAAUGAACAGGGAUAUUUACGUAUUGUACAUAGACAACAUUAGGAAGAUUUUCAUGAAAUAGCUUAGUCACAAUGAAAUAUUUAGCUGUCAUGUGAAAACCAACUGUUUGAGAACAAUACUCCUCUGAUCUAAUGAAUGUGGACAUGUAAGUGUUUUGUCUGGUUUUUUUAAUGACGACUCUGAAAAUAAAACCAGUAAUUUGUGAUGAUAAAUAUUUUUAAAGGUAACCGAGCAUGUUUUUAAAGCAGAAUACAUUUUACUAAGUUCAUUGAUUCCAAUCACGGCUCAUAAGUAGAGCAAAGAAAGGGACAAUGGAUUGGCAAUAUUAGCUUUUUUCUCAGGUGACAGCUUCCCACCUCACAAGCAACUGGAGACAAAUUUGGGGGAGUCCCAUUUUGCAUUAGGACAGUAGUCCCCAACCUUUUUGGCACCAGGGACGGGUUUCAUGGAAGACAAUUUUUCCGUGGUUUAUGGGGGGAGGCGG